UGGACUCUGAUGAUGAAUGGUCUGGUAAUCCUAUUGUUGCUUCGGAUGAAGAUCUUGAAGAUAUGGAAUAUUAUGGUGCUGAAGGCGACGUUACAACUAAAAAAGCGGCCGCCAACGAAAUCGACGAAGACGACGACGAUGAUGGUGAUGGCUACCAAGAGCCUAUCAAAUUCAAAAGCUCGCUGCUCCAAGUUUGGGAUGAUCCAAUGGCUGCUCCAGUUGUGACCUCACAAGGUAUUGUCAGUCAGCAUAAUGCAGCUUUUGCAGGAUCUGACAGUGAAGACGAAGUGGAUACUUCCUAUGACGGGGGUGUAUCGGGCACAGCGGGUGAAUAUGAAGAAAUUGGAGGAGGUGAUAAUCCAUGGUCUUUUGAGCCAGUCAGACCGGGGGCUUCAGAUUUUUCAAGCCCUCCUCAGGACGGAGUUUAGAACCGAUAAAUCGCCUCCGCUCACAUCUCCGCACGACAUUUCUGUUUGGGGCAACACAAGCAGUGAAUCAUAUUCUCCCCAACCUGAGAGUCACCAUGUUGCUGAAGAAACGAGCACUUCGCCUAAAGACAAAUCAAAGAAACUCAAGAAAAAGAAGAAGAAGGAUAGAAUAGGCUCAGUGUCUUCCAACUGAUAACUCCAUUCAAUCAAUAUCUUAACGAAAUAAAAUCGCCACGUGAUUCCAGAUCUCUGA